CGCCGGGAGCCGGAGGGCGCCUGCUAGGGACAGGAGCGAUGCAGCAGCCCGGGGGCUCGGGGAGGCGGCUGCGGGCUGGCGCGGGCGGGCAGUGAUGUGGGGCGCGGCGGGGCCAGGCGGCGGGGCCCGCGGUUGCAGAGGACGCCCGCAGAGGCUGGUUCCCGCCAGCAUGGAUGGUGUGCCCCGUGGGCUACGGACUGGGGUUCGUUGGUAGGAAUCCUUUGUGCCAGCAGCAUCAGCAGAUAGCGUUCACUGUAGAGCUGAGGCCUGACAUUCAGAGAGAAGCCAUGACGGAUGCCCCGGAGAGCACGAGGGGCCGGAGGUCUCUCACGCUGAAGCGCAGGUUCCUUUGGAAGCUCCGCCAGAAGUGGAAGCUCCUGGGCCUCUUUGAGAUCAACGGGGAGCACGAGUUUUAUGACCUGACCUGCAUGCUGAAGGUGGGGCUCAGGGCUGCCAUCCAAGAGGCCAUUGACAACCCACCUGCGGAUGCCCUGAGUGACGCAGACUGCAAGGCCGUGCUGAAGCAGGCCCAUGAGGGCUUUGAGAUGCGUACGUACGGUGGCCCGGCCUUCGCUUACUUCAGGCACUUGCUGGGCAUGUCAGAGAAGGAAUACCAGCUGUCCCUGUCCUCCGGGAGCUCCUACCUGCAGUUCAUCAGCAACUCCAAGAGCAAGGCCGACUUCUUCCUGACGAACAACAAAUGCUUCUUCCUGAAGACUCAGAGUAAGAGAGAGAUCCGGUUCCUCCUCUCCAACCUGCCCAAGUACAUCCAGCACCUUGAGAGAUACCCCCACUCCCUCCUCGUCAAGUUCCUGGGGGUUCACAGCAUCAUCGUGGCUCAGGAGAAGAAGAAAUACUUCAUCAUCAUGCAGAGCGUGUUCUAUCCCGACGAGAGAAUCCUUGAACGGUACGACAUUAAAGGGUGUCAGGUGAAUCGCUGGACGGAGCCCGCCCCUGGGGGCAGCCAAGUCAUCGUGGUGCUGAAGGAUCUCAACUUCGAAGGAAAUUCCAUCCACCUGGGUCAGCAGCGCUCCUGGCUCCUAUGCCAGAUGCAGGUGGACACGCAGUUCCUGAAGGAGCUGAACGUGCUGGAUUACAGCCUGCUGGUGGCAUUUCAGGCCCUGCAUGCAGACGAAAAGGGCCGGAACCUGUCCUUCGCAGACAUCAUCUUCAGGACCACCAAGUCCUUGAGCAAUCCCGAGAGCUCCCUGCUCACCUCCAUGUCAGGGAUCAUGGAUGAAGAGUCUGACAUUGUGGUGUCUGAGAUGGUAGGAGAAGUCGACCUCUACCGACUGCGUGAGCUGAACUCUGGGGUGCAGGAUGUCAGCUUCCAAAGCAGCGCCAAGCCUGACCAUGAUCUGGCCUACAUCCUGGCCCAGAACCGACGCUUGCUGCCCAGAUGCAGGAGCCCUCUGCACUUGCUUGAUGGCCCGGAGCUCCGCUACUUCAUGGGCAUCAUUGACCUGUUCACCGUGUACAGCUUCCCCAAGAGGCUCGAGCACCUGUGGAAAUGCAUCCGGUACCGGGGACAGACCUUCUCCACCGUCAGCCCCUCAGAUUACGCCAGACGCCUCUGUCAGUGGGUGGAAUCACACACUGUAUGAGUGGGGCCCUGCACUGGGGCUGAAACUGAUGGCAGCUUCCCAGACAGCCCCACUCUCACGCUGGGAGAGUUACAAGCCCACAGACAGUGCUGCAAGCUGCCCGCUGCUGAUCUCCUGCACCACCAGGGGGCAGCCUCAAGGCAGCAUUUCCGCUGUGUUACUGGAAUGCUGCCGAAGGACCAGUCCCAGCAUCCUGAGAGCCGGUUUCUGGCAUCAGAACUGAAGAGUCAGAGGGGCCGUGACCCUGCGGGCAGCAGCUGUCCUGCAGCGUGCUGUGGGGAUGGGGUUCAAUGUCGGUGCUGCAAGUGUCCAAGGAACCCAGUAAAUGGGGAAUCUGUGAACCAGCUGCCAGUUUGCGUUGCUCCCGCGUGGGGUGUCUCUGGGUGUGCCGGGUUGGAUCACAGAAACCCCCUUGGGCCUGCCACCUGAUGUCCUGGGACCACCUCUGAGCCCGUUUUCCCUGGCAGCUUGGGACUUCAGUACCUUGCCUGGUUGUGCCAGACACGCUAGCCUGCUACAAACACAGACCCAGGUCUGAACCACGUCCUCCAAAAGCUGCAGGCUUAA